AUGACGCCGGAAGCUGCAGGCUUGCGCUUUCCGCUUCAGUUCGUUGAAAACGCACAGCAAAAAGACGAGAUCCAAUCAUGGGACGCCAAAUCAGACUGCCGCUCCAUGGCCGCCAAAGGCACGCGAAACCAGGUAUACGGAGACGGCCUCGGCGACGCCUGGCUGCAGCAAGUGGACAUGUUUCCAUAA